AUCUGUGAAAACCUGCGGAAGUUGGAGAUCACAGGAGUGUCCUGUCGAGAUGUUUAUGCCAAGCGUAUAAACCCACGAGUGAAGUCAGGGCGUUUUAUGAAAAUCCUUCCCGACUACGAGCACAUGGAGUACAGAGAUGUUUACACCUGCCUGCUGCACCGAUACCGACACAUCCUGGGGUUAUGGCAGCCGGACAUCGGGCCCUACGGGGGACUGCUGAACGUGGUGGUGGACGGUUUGUUCAUCAUCGGGUGGAUGUACUUGCCACCUCAUGACCCUCACGUUGAUGAUCCCAUGAGAUUCAAGCCUCUCUUCAGGAUUCAUCUCAUGGAGAGGAAAAGUGCGACGGUGGAGUGUAUGUAUGGACAUAAGGGUCCUCAUAACGGCCACAUCCAGAUUGUAAAGAAGGAUGAGUUCUCCACGAAAUGCAACCAGACAGAUCACCAUCGGAUGUCGGGGGGAAGGCAAGAGGAAUUCCGGACGUGGCUAAGGGAAGAAUGGGGUCGGACUCUGGAAGACAUCUUCCAUGAACACAUGCAAGAGCUCAUCCUGAUGAAGUUCAUCUACACCAGCCAAUACGACAACUGCUUGACAUACCGACGCAUCUACCUCCCUCCUAGCAGCCCCGACGACCUUAUAAAGCCAGGGCUCUUCAAGGGAACGUAUGGGAGCCAUGGGCUGGAGAUUGUCAUGUUGAGCUUUCAUGGAAAGAAAGCAAAAGGGACUAAAAUCACUGGAGAUCCCAACAUCCCAGCUGGGCAGCAGACUGUGGAGAUAGACCUAGCACAUCCUCUGCAGCUACCCGACGUUGAGAACCUUCGCGAUUUCGGUGAGCUCUCUCGCAUCGUCCUGGAGGUCCAGGAGCAGGUGCGCCGGGAGGAGCAGGAGCAGGAACAGCGGCAGGAGGCAGAGGACCGCUCCCAGCAAGCUGCCUCCCACCCUGCUGCGAAGCCGCCCCUGGGAGGAGAAGGUGCCGAGGGGGAGGAGACUGCAGCUGGGGCGGAAGGGACAACCCAGGACAAGGCAUCAGGUUCCCAGCCCUUUGUGCUGCCCAUGGGAGUCAUAUCGAGGAAUGAAGACUAUCCCCGGACCUGCCGAAUUUGUUUUUAUGGGACGGGGCUUAUUGCUGGCCACGGCUUCACCAGCCCCGAGCGAACACCAGGUGUUUUUGUUCUCUUUGAUGACGAUCGCUUUGGAUUCAUCUGGCUGGAGCUGAAGUCCUUCAGUCUCUACAGCCGGAUCAAGGUCUCCUUCCAGAACGCCGAAGCGCCUUCCCGUGAGGCUUUUGAUGAAAUGCUGAAGAACAUUCAGUCGCCGGCUACUUGACGGGUGAUUUGUGAUGGACAGGGCUAGGGGUUGCAAAGGCUGCUGCACUCCCCAGCCAGGCCUGGGAUGGGGAUUCCUUGCUCUCAGUACCUCUGAAGGAAAGCAUGCACUUUUAAUAAAGCCUUUUUACCCC